CAACAUCUUCCUCUGUUUUCCUUCCACUACUCACUCUCUCCUCUCUCACCCUCUGCCCCAUAAAAAUAUCUAAUUUUAUGGCGAAAAUUUGAAUUAUUUAUUCCAUUUUGUUUCAAUUUUAGGCAAUGGAUUGAUCCUCAUCAAGAAAUUUCCUCGAAGGAUGGAAUCUGCUCCUCUCUCUUAAAUUCAGUCAUUGGUCAGCUCAGAUCUCGGUUUAUUGUUUUUUAGGGUUUCGGUCAAAGUCAAGAAUUUAGGGGUUCCUAGAUUCGGCAGCGAGUUCCACGCAAGAAUCUGUUCUUUGCUCAAAGAUCGGUGCUUUGCUCGAUUCUUGAGGUUAACUCGCGUAACCCUAGCUUGUUGUUUUCUCAAUUUCGAUGAGAUAAAGUUCGUUUCAUGGGCAAUACAUGCCGUGGAUCUGUAAGGAGCAAGAACUUUCAGUACUCCGAGCCCGCGGAUCGCGCAGUCUCUAAGAGAAGCAACAAUCACGCAGCAAACAAUUCAUCUUACGAUUCUAAUUCCGUUGAUCGAGAUCAGUUAGCUGAAGCCCAGCCCAAAGACAACCCCAAUCCCAAGAGCCCACGCUCCGUCAUGAGGCGGGGCGUCGAUCCGGGGACCAAUGCGGUCCUCGGCCACAAAACGCCUAGUAUUCGGGACCUCUACACUCUCGGCCGCAAGCUUGGUCAAGGCCAGUUUGGUACUACUUACCUUUGUACUGAAAAUUCUACUGGAAUUGAUUAUGCUUGUAAGUCUAUAUCGAAAAGGAAGCUCCUGUCGAAGGAGGAUGUUGAGGAUGUGAGGAGAGAGAUUCAAAUUAUGCACCAUUUGUCGGGACAUAAGAAUGUGGUGACCAUUAAAGGAGCCUAUGAGGACUCUUUAUAUGUGCAUAUUGUGAUGGAGCUUUGUGCAGGUGGAGAGCUUUUCGAUAGGAUUAUACAUAGAGGGCAUUAUAGUGAGCGGAAGGCAGCAGAGAUCACAAAGAUCAUUGUUGGGGUUGUGGAGGCGUGCCAUUCGCUUGGGGUGAUGCACAGGGAUCUCAAGCCGGAGAAUUUCUUGCUGGUUGAUAAGGACAAUGAUUUGUCGCUCAAGGCAAUUGAUUUCGGGCUCUCGGUGUUCUUCAAACCUGGUCAAAUCUUCACAGAUGUAGUUGGGAGUCCUUAUUAUGUAGCACCUGAGGUUCUAUGCAAGCGUUAUGGACCAGAAGCUGAUGUCUGGACAGCUGGUGUGAUACUUUACAUUCUGUUGAGUGGCGUACCACCUUUCUGGGCAGAAUCACAACAAGGGAUAUUUGAUGCUGUUUUGAAGGGAGUCAUUGAUUUUGAUUCAGAUCCUUGGCCUGUGAUAUCUGACAGUGCUAAAGAUCUUAUCAGAAAAAUGCUUUGUUCUCGUCCUUCGGAGAGACUAACGGCUCAUGAAGUACUAUCUCAUCCCUGGAUUUGUGAAAAUGGAGUUGCUCCUGAUCGUGCUUUGGAUCCUGCUGUCCUCUCUCGCCUCAAGCAAUUUUCAGCCAUGAAUAAGUUGAAGAAGAUGGCUUUACGAGUAAUAGCUGAAAGCCUUUCAGAGGAGGAGAUUGCUGGAUUAAGAGAGAUGUUCACAUCAAUGGACACUGACAACAGUGGUGCAAUCACAUUUGAUGAGCUGAAGGAAGGUCUGAGAAGAUAUGGUUCUACAUUGAAGGAUACAGAGAUACGGGAUCUUAUGGAUGCAGCUGAUGUGGACAACAGUGGUACGAUUGACUAUGGGGAGUUUAUUGCUGCGACAGUACAUCUUAACAAAUUGGAACGUGAAGAGCAUUUGGCAGCAGCUUUUAAAUAUUUUGACAAGGAUGGAAGUGGUUACAUCACUGUUGAUGAGCUUCAACAAGCUUGCAAAGAGCAUAACAUGGAAGAUGUUCUUCUUGAGGAUAUCAUCAAGGAAGUUGAUCAAGAUAAUGAUGGCCGAAUUGAUUAUGGGGAAUUUGUCGCUAUGAUGCAAAAGGGCAAUAUGGGCAUCGGAAGGAGGACCAUGAGAAACAGUGUGAAUAUAAGCAUGAGGGAUGCACCAGGAGCCCGAGUUUUAUAAAAUUCUUACUGCUGUACAGGUUGUUUAAGAUAAUUUAUCAGCUUUCCCUCUUACCAUUCUCUCCCAUUUUGUAUUAUGGUAUAGAGAGAGAAUUUCAUUGUAUAAUUUAUUUUUGUCAGAUAUUGGCAUUGUUGUACUCCUACUGCCGCGCUAAUGAAGGAAGUUUCUUGUAUGCAUUGCAAAUAUGGAGGAAAGUAUCAUGCGCAUAGGGCCCUCUACUUUAAGAGUGCCCCUCUGUUUUCACUUUGCUUGCACCAGUUGAGCCCCAUCCGCAGUGCAUUCAAGAGUAUCAAAUUGAUGCGUGAGCAGUCCCAUGCUGAAGAAUUCUUUAUAACCAAGGUGUUUUUUUUUUCAUAUUUGUCCCUUACAUCUUUAGUAUUUUGAAAAUUAGCUCUUCAAAUCA